AUGCCACAGUGCAAUAAAUUGCGCGGCAGGCCGCCGCGCAGCGGCACUGCACAUAGGCUUGCAGCCAACACAACGACCAUUUUCAUCAAAGCUGUUGAACCCCCACCAAUGGAUGGACCGUCGAUUCAAUCAGAGCCUCAGAAGGUCCUUCCUCCAAAGAGCAGACUCCCUAGUCUUACCAGAUCCCCCAGCAGCAGCAGAGCCUAUCCCCCUCCCCCAGUAUGCGCCCCGGUCACCGAGUUGAGCCCCCAGAGCAAGGACUCCCUGCUGCAAACGCAGGCGUCCCUCGGGGCCUGGCUCGAGGGGCGCGUUCACACCCUCCAAGAGUGCGUUCACACGCUUCAGCGGGAGCUGUGCACGUCUGACGAGGAGCGGAGGCGGCUGCUGGCAUUAAAUGCAGAGCUACUGCGGGACGCACAGGUGCGCGACCAGCUGUGCAAGGUCCAGGGGCGCGAGCUCUGGCGCCUGCGGCAGAUCCUCACGGGGGUACUUCCAAACCUGUCGCUGGACCCCCCUCCAGGGACAGUUAAGGAGACGCGCCUCCACUGGGGAGAAACGGGAAGGGAGGGCCAGGGCUCAGUGCGGGGGAUGCUCGAGAGCGCGGAGAGACGGAUGCAGAAGGCAGGCGGAAAUGUGCAGCAGAAGGGGCCGGAAAGCGGUUUGAUCAGGUUGCAAGAGCAGGGGCUUGUUAGGUAUGACGAGCCCUUCAAACUCAGCCCAGUACCGCUGGAGAGAACCUCUCCGGCAAUUGUGUGGAAGAGCAGCGAAUCACGGGCACCAGAAAGGCGCCACUGGGUUGGAAUGGCAGGGCGGGGAUGCGAGGCGGGUGCAAUCAAGCCACCGGAGAAGCUGUCAGAAUGCAGUGAACAGGGGAAGCUUGAACAGGGUGAGAUGGGAGCGUCAGCAGAAAGAGGGGUGCUGCGACGCAGUGUGGUCGUAGAAGGGGCGGUGGGAAAAGUUUGCAGUGAGUCGGGCUGCAGCAAAGACUGUCAAGCAGAGGUCAGCUUGCCUCAGCAGACGCCCAGUGUCAUAGGGGCUAGUAGCAAGGGUGCGGAUCUGGAAGGGGGUGAACCGAGCCUGUGUCCAGCAUCUGAAAAGCACCCCCCCGGAACAGAGUCAAGCCCUGUGGCUGGGGCAAAGCAGAGCAACCCCGCUGAGUCAACGGAGGACCCAGUGGCUUCCGUUGCAGAGCCGCAGGGGAACGCGGGAAGCGUCCCACCAGGGAGCCUUCUGGGUUCAGUAGAUGCUGAUUCUAUGCUAGCAGGCAGACUUGCCCCGUCUUCGGGCCGCAGGAGCAGCGGCAUCGCGCCCGACAUGGUGUUUGCAAUGAUGCAGCUGGCUGAGGGGGGGCAGGCGAUUUUGAGUCCUUUGGGGAAGGAGGGGCUGCUCCAGGCGACAAGAGGCAGAAACGAAGAAAGUGGAGGCGACAGGAGAGGGAACAAGGGCGCAGGCCAGACAACUAGGGGUGGUGAGAAGGAGACUGCCGACGCAGAAAAAGUUCCUCGAGCUUGGGAGGGGCGGGAGAAGGAGGGUCAGGGCGGAGAAUUGAGAACAAGGAUUACGGAGGAGACUGGAGAACAGGGAAAGGCUCUGGACAGUGGAAGGAAGAACACCGAAGACAGAGAGGAGAAGAUAGGGGGUGAGGAGAAGCGAGCUGCGGCCAUGGAGCAAGGGAGUAGUGAUUGGGCCCACGAAGUUUGUGAUGUGAAGAAUGGAAGGAGUGGCGAACACGAGGAGCUUGGAGCGGGGCGGCAGAGAACAAGAGGCGCGCCGGAGGACUCCGCUGGGGGCGCCGCAGAGGGAGCGUUGUCAGCCGAGCCGGAGAAGGCUCCUGGGCAGGAGAAGGGGGACGAUGCAGAGCGUGAAGCAAAGCUUUUGGACCACGACGCAGAGCAAGUUUCGAAUCCUGUCCUCGAGACUUGGAAAGACGAAGCCGAAGGAGGGUCGCAAGCGAUUUGCAAGGAAUCGGCUGUCGUAGCUCAGGUGACAGAAAGCUUCUGCGCGAUCUUCGCCCCCAGCCAAGAGCCUGUCGUUACAUCCGUUUCCGGGCUCGUUCCAAAUGCAGACGCCCAGGAAUCACCGUCCGACUCCCUUACCAGAUCUUUCAAAGCCUCCAAAACAGCGUUAGGGGAGGACACUACCGCACAGCCGUCACACCCAGGAAGCGCCUUGGAGGCCGACUUGGAGCCCCUUUCUGAGAAGGGCCAUGAGCGCUUCACGCGCGAAUCGGACGCACGCCAGCCGUCCGAUCUUCCGAUCGUCCGCAGAAAGCGAACCAAGCGCCCGCUGUCCGGAGUCAGGAAGAAGGCGCGCACUGCCGCCAGCGCUUUCCUUCACGUCUCCCCAAAGUCCUCCAACUCUGGUUCUCAGCGGCUGGGCGACCGAGGCAGAUUGGGGGAUCCCUCUGCGCCUCUCGCCAAACCGGCGCUGCAUACGCUGCCGUCCAACCUCGAUCGGACGGCCAGCAAGCUCUCGAUGGACGCGCUCGCGAAGGCGGCCGCGCUCGUGGAAAGGGGGGGUCUCGCGAGCCCAGAAGCUGGGGGGGGGACUGCGGUUGAAACGGCAAAGAGGGCUCGGGAGGAGGCGGAAACCGGGGGAGAGGGCAGCAGCGGGUCUGGUGACGAGCUUCCAAUCUCGAAAAUGGGACGGACCGGCAAGGGCGGGGAGGUGACACGUGGCAAGCAGAGGGAGCGCCACGUGGCGUCGUCCGUUUCGGUGCCCAAAAACGCCCCUGCGGGGGUGUGCGGUCAGGGGGCCGGUCCGAAGCUCCGGGUACCUGAGGUUCCCCGGCGGUUAAGCACGGGUUUGAGCGGGUUUACCAAACUGCCGACGGGGCCGUCUCUGAUCCGGAGCGCCGGCCUCUCGGAACGGCCCGGGGCGAGCAACCGGGCGAAGUUAACCGCGGGCAAAACCCUCCCAAACCAGCCAGGGGUGGGGAACCCGCUUACACCAAACCCAGCGGUAAAGCGUUGGUCAGAGCCUGGGGACAGUCAUUGGUCUUGUGGGAAGACCCAGCUGUUAGGGGCGAAGCCCGGGGUUAGCAAACCGGGGGAGUUAACCCGCAGGACGGAUUGGGCUAACGUGGGGGUUCCGAGCAUGAACGUGGUCGGAAGAGCGGGUCCGGGCGCGAGCCACAAUCUGCCGCACAGACUCGUGCAGAGACCGGGGGGGAACGGCCACGUGCCGGAGAUCGCUGACUCUGCAAAAGCCUCCGCUGAGAAGAUGGUAAUUUCAGUGGAAGAGGCGAAACGGAACGGCGCUUUGCCCCAAAAGCAGCCCAGAGAAGUCCCCCCUGAAAAACAGCAGCCAGCGCUUGGGACGGCGGGCAGCCAAAGCGGGGGGGCGCCCAAGCCCUCCCAACCUGCGGGCUUCCACCCCCCCGAAACGGGGACGCCCAAAAUCCGGAGCGCCGUGGCGCUCCAUCGCCCCCCCGAGGCUCGCUACAGGGGGCCUGACGUCAGCAGCACGUCAGGCGCCUUUCGGGCGUUUGCCAGCGGGCAGCCCAACCGGAUGCGUCCGACUGCGUUUCCGGACGUCCAGCCGCCCGCGAGCGCUCCGGGGGGAACGAAGAGUGCGUCGGGGCUUAUGCGGAAGGGGCUGGAAGACUUUUCUCGGCUGGUGGCGCAGAGGCCGGGGGGCUCAUUCAGCGCGCAAGAUGGGGGAGGGCCGGAUGCGGCGCCGAAUCCUCAGAUGGUGCAGUUUUGGCGGCGGCAGGAGGUGUUGGCAAAGAACAUGCGGUUGCUAGCAGAGAACGACCGAGGCAGCGUCGGCAGCGUCGCAAAGAGUGACGGGCACAGUUGCCCGGCGGGGAAGAAGGAGAAGGACGCGGCAAAGUGCCUGCGGUGCAAGUGCAAGAAGUCCAAGUGCCUCAAACUGUACUGCGACUGUUUUGCCGCGGGCGUCUACUGCUCCGGCUGCCUGUGCGUCAACUGCCUGAACACGGAGGAGAACGCGGCGAUUGUGAACGAGCGCAAGGCCGCCAUCAUCCGGAAGGAGCCGAACGCCUUCCGGAUCGUCGAGGACCGGAGCGUGGGCUUAGCGGUUCAGAGGCACGUGCGGGGGGGGUGCCACUGCCGCAAGUCGCAGUGCCAAAAGGAGUACUGCGUGUGCUUCCAGGCUGGUGUGCCGUGCACCAAGGAGUGCACGUGUUUAGAGUGUCUGAAUGACGUACCGCGGCUCGUCGUCCGGUCAGAGGCACAGCCACAGAGAGCUUGAGAACGUCUUUUGAAAUUAAAGAGACCAGGCAAUGCGGUAAAACUGAGAAAAGAACGGCAGCCAAGAGCCAGUUCGAUUCUAGCACCGGCGUCA